AUGACUAACCAACUCACCAUCUACAAUGCCCACAAUGGUGAAAGUGUGGUUUUGAGUAAACCAGUACGCUACCACACGCUACAAAGUUUCAAGGAUUUCCUCCUAGAGUCCUUCACGAAGUAUACAAUUGCCUCCCAUGAGAAUAUCUUCCUUCUCACGUCUUUUGGCAUGAAGCUCAACUAUUCCAUGAUAAACGAGAUGACAGAUAUUUACGUGUACGACAAGCGCCUAUUUGCUGCGUCCAGGGACCCCAGUUUGGGACCACGGUACCUACUGGAUAGUGAGGACGAUAACUACAUGUUACUAAAACCCACAACAUUUGGCGUGACAGAGGUCCCCUCAAAUGUCAAGAUGCUUUCAUCGACCCUCCGAAACUAUGAGUCGUGGGUCAAUGCUCGUUUGUUGGGAGCUUCUCGAGUGCAAGACCAAAUGGAGCGGGUGAUUCGCCACAUCAACGUCAUCUUUAAGUCGCUUAGCGUGAUAUUCCAGUUUGCUGCUAGUUUCGUGAGCGGGAUGGAAAAGAGCUUCGACGGUUUCUAUAGCUAUCUCGCUACAUUAAACAAGAAGUCUUUGCAUAAGGUCUGGGAGGACCGCUACUCGCAGCUCAAGGAAUACCCUCGGAUUUCGUUUAAACUGGAUCCCAGUAAGUCCAUUGCACUUGCUGAUUAUCUAGAUUACGAGUCAUUGAAGUCCGCAGCGAAAUUCGUGGACCAAAACUUACCCCAGAUUCGAGAUACCUUCAACGACUUUUCCGCCUCGGUGAACAAAAUCAAUGCUGAGAAGCUACAGGUGGAUACCAAAAUUGAAGAGCUACGGAAAGAAUCCAUUUCCAAUUUCAAGACCUGCGAUACGUCUAGGAAGUCAUAUUCUGACGACUUGUCCUACUUGGGUAAGAGGAUCCAUUCGGAGUUGGAAAAUACCACAAGCUCAAACACCCUGGACCUUCAACAAGUAUACUCCCGCCAGAUGGAAACUGCAUCAGAGGUGUUCUCACACUCGGAAUCACUAUUUGAGCUCUUAGAAUCGUUAUACUCCUUUAAAAAGAAGCUUACCAAUCAAAGCUUGUCCAUAUUUGAGAGCAUCGCCUCUCUACAAAUGAAGACGGUUAGCUUAAAGGGAGAAAUGAAGCUGUUGCUUACACCUACCGAGAAACAUGAAGAUGAAUCACAAGGCGACCUUCCUGUUCAUAAAAUCAUCGACAGGAUUCGAGAAGCUGGCGAUCUUCUCUCAUUGACGGUUGACCUACCUCUCCUAUUUGGCUUUCUUCUUAUUGAGAAGCGACGCCAGUUUGAAUGGCACGACUUCUAUUCUAAGGGUAUCGUGAAAAAUGUUUCCGAGCAACUUUCCGUACUCAUUGAUCAUGAGAAGGCUUUUCAGAAGUUGUGGUUGAAAAAGUUUGGAGUAUUUUUGAAGUUGCUCGGGAAUGACAAAAACUUUCGUGUGCAACUCCCUACUAUAGAUGUUACACUCGUGAAUGGGGAAGUCGCUAAAAGGCAAGAUUCGGUGGUUGAGAUCAUAGAUGAUGUUGUGGUGGAACGUGAGGACAUCACAAAUUUCAUCAACUUGGUGAAAAACCACCUGUCUAGUAAUGGUCUGAGCUUUGCAGGCCUCCUCGAGAAAAAUUUCAAGGAUUUAAUCACUUCUACCGACGGCUUGAAAAGAGUUACUCGUGUCGUCAGUUCAUUGGGGUCAUUGUCGCCCGAACAGCUGCAAAUCAUUACACGCUCUCAAGUUCUUAAUAGUCACGACCAGAAGCCAGGUAAUGUUGUCGAUGACUUUGAUUUGAAUCUCAUUAGGGGCUUGAGAUCCAGAAUCUCCAAGCUUGAAGGUCUACUUCACCAGCAGCAGUAUGCAAACAUAUCCAACUGGCCUGUGGUGAAGUCUAACGAUCGAAAAUUAUCCCAAGGUAAAGAAAGCAUGCUAGUCGAAAACAAUACAAGACCGGUGAGAAGUCCUUCCACUGGUGAUCCGACUAGUCUUCUUAUGAGAAACCCAAGCAGCCGAAAGACAUCCACUAGCAGCGCUAGUGUCAAAGCAAUGGAUGCAUCGACAACAAUCGACAAGCAUGUUGACAACAUUAGGUUGAGGAAAGAAGUCAACGAGCUUAAGAUAUCUCAACUGUCUAUCUAUCAAGAAAACGACUCUCUUCGCAAGGCGCUUGAUGAGGUGAGACGGGAAUCUCAAGAAAAGGAUUUCCAAAUGAGACAGAUGCAGCAGGAUUAUGAGGAGAAGCUUCAGAUUUCAGAGAACGUCAUCAAGGAUCUUGGUAACAAGCAUUCAGAAGAAAUGAAGGCCUUGAUUGCACAGAAUGCUUCUGAAGUUGAGCAGUUGGAACAGAAACACAAGGGCCUUGACCAGAAGGUUAUCAACCAUGAGGCUAUUGUGCGUGAAAAUGAAGAUUUGAAGAAGAAGUUGACCACACUCGAGGAUGAAUUGAAGCAGAAAGCCAGCCAGGCGGACGAGGCUACCGAUUAUAAGGUCCGGUUUGAGAGUCUCAAAGACGAAUUCAAAGAUGUUCAAGAUCUCAAACAAGAGCUUCUUUCAAAUAUGCAUGCCAAAGAAGCAGAGUAUGCAACCGAGAGAAGUCACCUCGAGACUGAGUUGAAGGAGUUGAACCAGAAAUUUGACGAAAGGACUGAGGAUUAUGAGAACUUGAUGGAAGUCACUCAAACAAAGCAUCAUAAGCUGGAGGAUAUAAUUGGACAGCUCAACAGAGUUGUCAGAGAGCUUUUUGCCGUAAUCCUCGAGACUACCCAGAAGAAUUUUGAAGACUUCAAAGAGUUCUGUUACAUCUUGGAAUCUAUGGGCUUACUACUUGUCAAAGAGGCAGAUUCAAAGUCCGACGUCAACAAGUUUGAAUAUAAAGUUCGCAGAGUCAAAGGCUUGAGAUCCAAGAAGAGUAAUGGGGAGGAAGCCCUAGACUCACUCAUCAUUCCAGAUAAGAACUUCCACACCAACGUGGUUUCUGAAGUCGAAAGUAGUAUGGCUUGGCGAGAAACCUUGGGUACUUUGGUCCCAUCUUCAAAAGUCGAUUUGGAGGCUGAGAGUGCUGACGAUGUCAAGAGUACUGGUGAAGCCGACAAGGAAGAAGCUGAAGCUGCAAAACUCAUUGAAACAUACUACAAUGCUUUUGGCGACUCGGAUGAGAAGAAUAAGUCUGACUUCUCCAAGUUUCUUAAGCUCAUCUCCUUUUCUGAAGAUAUUCAACUACAAUUGCAAGAUGAGAAGAAUGCUAUUGUGAACCAAAAGUUCUUCCUUAACGGCAUAUUUAAGCGUUUCAAGGACGUUGAGGGUUUUGCCAAGAAGCUUUCCAAGGAGAACAAGACUAUGAAUCAGGAGGUAUCGAAGCUCCGUAAGCUGGUGGCCAGCAAGAUCACUGUCAACAACUUCAAGGCCGGUGACUUGGUGUUAUUUCUCCCAACCCACGUUGAUAGAGUGGACGGGCAAACCAGCUCCAAGCCGCCUUGGACAGCUUUCAAUAUCGAGGCACCUAAUUACUUCCUUGAUGAAAGCAAAGCGGAGAACGGCACAUGA